AUAAAGUUUAGAAAUACAAGAUGGCGGUGAAAGCAGAGCCGAUAGGUCCGAGAAACGGGCAUGAGUUGGCCCCUUUGAAUACGAGGGCGGAUGGAAGCGAGCGGCCUCAUGGGGUAACCAUUGUCCUGCAGGGGUCCAGGGGGUCGCUGCAGAGGGCCCCGGAAGGGCCAGGGGAGGAUAGGGCUGCCUGGUCUGGGAAGUUGCAGUUCUUCCUCUCCAUCAUUGGGUAUUCGGUGGGGUUGGGGAAUAUAUGGAGGUUCCCGUAUCUGUGUCAGCAGAAUGGAGGAGGUGCCUUCCUCAUUCCGUUUCUCAUCAUGCUGGUGCUGGAAGGCAUCCCCCUGUUCCUAAUCGAGAUGGCCAUCGGGCAGAAGAUGCGUCUCGGCUCCCUGGGGGUGUGGAACACCAUCCACCCCUGGCUGGGGGGGAUCGGGAUCUCGUCCUGUGUAGUCACGCUGUUCGUUGCGUUGUACUACAACGUCAUCAUCACCUGGGUGUUCUUCUACCUGUUCAACAGUGUUAGGAUCAACCUCCCCUGGGCCACCUGUCCUACCGACAACAGCAGCAACCAGGUCGAGUGCAACAAGGCCUCAGCCACCGCCUACUUCUGGUACCGCUCGGCCCUGGACGCGUCUCCGAGCAUCGAGGAGCCGGGCGCGCCGAGGUGGUGGAUCGUGCUGUGUCUGCUGCUCGCCUGGAUAGUGGUGUUCUUUAUUGUGAUGAAGGGGAUACAGAGCAGCGGGAAGGUGGUGUACUUCACGUCGCUGUUCCCGUACGUGGUGCUGACCAUAUUCUUCAUCAGAGGGAUCACGCUGCCCGGCUCUGCAGACGGCAUCGUGCACAUGUAUAGCCCGAAGCUGGAGAUGCUCCUGCAGCCCACCGUGUGGCUGGACGCGGCCACCCAAGUGUUCUACUCCUUCGGCCUCGCUUUCGGGUCGCUCAUCGCCUUUGGCUCCUACAAUCCGCCCGACAACAACUGCGUGCGCGACGUGCUGCUCGUGUCUGUCUGCAACGCCCUUACAGCUAUAUACGCGUCCGUCGUCAUAUUUAGCAUACUUGGGUUCAAAGCGUAUACUAUGGCGGAGAGGUGCAUUGCUAGCUCCAUCGAGAUCUUGGCCCACAACAACGUCCCCGGGUUCUACCCUAACACCACCUUCGACUACUACAGAGAGCAUUACCCCGAUCUCGUCAAGGAGAACAUCACUAGCCGACUCAAUCUGUCGGAUUGCAGCAUGAGCAAGCAGCUUAAUGAGGCGGCCGAAGGCACAGGCCUAGCCUUCAUCGUGUUCACCCAGGCCAUCGUGGAACUGCCCUUCGCUCCGUUCUGGUCCAUCAUCUUCUUCCUGAUGCUGCUGUCCCUGGGCCUGGGCAGCCAGAUCGGCAUCAUGGAGGGCAUGCUCUGCACCAUCUUUGAUAUUGAGUUCUUUAAGAGGAUCAGCAAGCCGAUUAUCACUGGUAUCGUAUGCAUUUUCUGCUUCGUAACUGGCUUGAUCUUCACGACGGGCGCGGGCGAGUACUGGCUCAAGAUGUUCGACUCGUUCGCCGGCACCAUCGGCCUGGUGGUGGUCGCGCUUUUGGAGAUGGUCUCGGUCGUUUACAUCUAUGGCCAUGAGAAGUUCUCAAACGACAUCUACGAGAUGACGGGCUACCGGCCCGGGCUCUACUGGCAGCUGACGUGGCGCUACAUCGGGCCCUGCGUCGUCUCCUGCAUCCUGCUGUCGUCGAUCAUCUCCAUGAUCUACUCGCCACCCACUUACGGGGCUUGGAAUGCUGACGAGGGCCGCGUGGUGAAGACGCCCUACCCCGACUGGGUGCUACUGAUCGCCCUCUGCAUGAUCCUGGCGGGGAUCCUGCCCAUCCCCGUGGUGCUGCUGCUGCGCCGCUUCCAGUGCCUCGCCUUCGACAUGGACAUCCACCAGGGCAGCAUCAGGAGGAUCGAGACCACCGUCUCGACUAAGGAGAUGAUGAGUGAUCAGGAUGUGUUGUCUCCGGAGUCCGCGCCGCCGGCGCCCGCGCAGCUUGCUGCUGAGGCCGCUACAAGAUUCACCAUCGGGGACUUUGAUGGGGUGGAUAGCGACGACCAGCGACCCAGCAAGCGGGUGCCCGCCAGCAUCGCUCGCGCUAGGCCGAAAAAAUAAAUUCCUCAGACGAAGCCAUCGACGACCACUACUCGUCCAGCAGCGACGAAGAAGUGCUCAACGCGGGCCGACUCGCCAUGCGACCAGUUUUCAAGAUGGCCGUCGUUGAGCCGUUGGGAAUUUGAAAAUCUAAU